ACAAAAUUUUUUCCGAUUGAUAGAUCAAUUUUCUACAAGAUUUGCUAAUUUUAACUACUCCAUUUUAUUUCAUUUUUCUAAAAAAAGUGUUUUAUCGAAAAAGGUUAAACAAAUAACACAUAAAACAUUAUAUAGCGAUGGUUGUAGAGUUGUAUGGCGAUAUAGCGACCAAUUGACUGACACUUAUUGAUGGCACUCUGAAAACUAUCGACAGAACUCAGAGUCAAGUGAGGUGCUAUAUUUAUAAUAAAUAUUAUUUCGGCUGUUCAGGUAGUGUUUGGCCACAGAUUUGCAGGUUGAAAGUCUAAAACUCUAAAUUAAAUUAAAUAUAUAUGGUAUCGAACUAAAUAUUGAAACACCUGCGACUUGUGUCAUCGAUAGCUAUCGCAAUAGUUUGGUUUGGUGGAAGGAAAAAUCAAAACAUUCAUGGACUAAUUAAUUAAAUGAAUUAUCUUAAAAUGUCUGCACCUAUUGAUGAUGUCGGAGAUUAUUCCCAAGCUAAGAGACAGAGCCGAGUGCCGCGCAAGCCAACCAUAUGGAGCCGCGAGAAGAUUUCCAAACUAAUCGAGCUGUACCGAAAUUCGGAUUGUUUAUGGAACCACUACUCGGAUUUGUAUAAAAACAAAGAUUGUCGCAGAAAGGCGACUGAAAGCAUUUGUACAACUCUUGGAAUUACCAAAAACGAUUAUGGGAAAAAAGUGCAUAACUUGCGAAAUCAAUUCAAUUCAGAAUUGAAAAAGUUGGAGCGUCGUCAGGAGGAGACGGGUGGUGAUUCCAGUCCCAUGGCUGUCAAGACGACUUCUCGGUGGGUAUAUUUUCAAUCUCUGAUGUUUUUGAGCUCUAUUAUUGAGCCGAGACCUGGAUAUCAACAAAAUGGCCCUACACAAUGCAAGAAACUGAGUGCAAAACUGAAGGGCGUCAGUAACGACGUAGAAGAAGUAGACACACAGAGCUCAUCUUCAGUAUCGAAAGGGCAAUUCGAGUCCAUGGACCAACUGGUCACUGUUGUAGACGAAAGUAAAGCGCAUCAAAGCAUCUGUGAAACAAUUGAAACGUGCGUUCCUGAAUACGCAUCCACUAUCCUAUCUGCAUCGACCACUUGCACAACCUCUAUUCCAACGCGACAAGUAGAAGCGGCAGGAACGGUGUCUGUCCCAGCACACGUCAGCAUUGCUCGGGAUCAGUGGGACUCGUUUGGUGAUCUAAUAUCUAAUGAGUUUCGCAACCUGAAUUCGGACAUUUCACGCAAGAGACUCAAACGGAAAAUAAUGCAAGUUAUGCUGGAAGUCGGAGAAGAGGAUGAUAGAGAAAAUGCUAAACAAAAUAAAUAAGUUUCUAUAGAUAAA